CCAGUCCGGCGCGAUCUGUCCCACGCAGCCGUUGCGUCCGGGGCUACGGUUCCUUUUGCCCGCCAUGAGCUCCUGGGGUCCGCCGCUGGGCCAAGGCCGGGAGAAGGGAGAGGAGGAGACGUGCCCCCGCGGCCGCCGCCCCCGCAGCCACCACCCAGACUUCCUGGCGCGAGAAGCAUGAGCCGGGCAGGCAGUGGCUGGGAGAUGGAGGCGCUGAGGGCAGAUGCCGGGGGUGGGAGCGGGAGCGGCGGGGUCAGCCGUGCCCAGUGCCGCAGUUUCCUCUCCCCGCCUGUCUUCGGGGCGGCUCCGUCGUCAGGUCGCUCUGCGGGCCCCGCCGCCUCUGGCUUCGCCUACGAGCGCUCCUCCGGCUCCUUCUCGGCUGGCGGGGCUCGUUCUUCCUCCUCUUCGUCGGAGACGGCCCCCUCCAAAGACUGCUCCAGCGGAGGCCCCCCAACGGCACCGCCUUCGGCCACGGCCGCCGCCGCCGCCGCCGCCGCCGCGCUGGGCUACCACCCGGGCUACCACCCCUUCGGCAACGGCUACUACAGCUGCCUCCAGCAGAACGCCGCCCUCAAGGCUUCCCCGCACGCUGCCUUCCCCGUGGAGAAGUACAUGGACGUGGCCAGCCUGGCCAGCACCAGCGUGCCCUCUGGCAGCGAUGUCUCCUCGCGGGCCAAGGAGGUCUCCUUCUACCAGGGCUACGCCGCUGCCGGCGGCCCUUACCAGCACGUGCCCGCCGGCUACCUGGACGUGGUCUCCACCUUUGGCUCGGCGGCGGGCGGCGACCCCAGGCACGAGACCUACAUCUCUAUGGAGGGCUACCAGUCGUGGACUCUGGCCAAUGGCUGGAACGGCCAGGUAUACUGCGCCAAAGACCAGGCCCAGGGCUCUCACUUUUGGAAGUCCUCCUUCCCAGGGGACGUUGCACUGAACCAGCCGGACAUGUGUGUCUACCGGCGUGGGAGGAAGAAGCGUGUGCCUUACACAAAACUGCAGCUCAAGGAACUGGAGAGUGAAUACGCCGUUAACAAAUUCAUCAACAAGGACAAGAGGCGAAGGAUCUCCGCGGCCACGAACCUCUCUGAGAGACAAGUCACUAUUUGGUUUCAGAACCGCAGAGUGAAGGAUAAGAAAAUAGUCUCCAAGCUGAAAGACAAUGUCUCCUGAUCCGGGCCCAAAUCGGUUGGGGAAAUCUAUAUCUAUCUAUCUAUAUUAACUGCAAACAAUCCACUAUCGGCUCAAAAGACUUUUGCAAAGACUUGAAAUAUAUUUAAUAUUUUCUCGCGUGCCCUUUAAAUAAGGGGAGGGGGGAGGAUUUUGUGAAAUGCUCAUAGAGAAGGUUCGCAAUUUCUUCUUGGGUUUACUGCAAGUCUUAGUUUUCUUUUCUUUUUUUUAAUCCUUCUCUUUCAUUUUGGUAGGUUGUGUCCCACCCCCAAGUCCAAUGUACUGUGGAGCACUUAGCAGUCACGAAUUCUGUAAACUCGUUUUAAGAAUAUCUGGGUGCUAAAACGAGCUGGUGUGAUUAUAUAAAUAUACCUAGUAUAUCCCUAUAAUCAUCCUCCUGAAUUUGGCCAUGGAACCCAAGACCAUAAUUUUGUAAAAUGUAGCCGUGAUGAUGACGUCAGUGCCAAGGUAAACGAAGUCGCCGGUGGCAUCGACCUCUGACAGCAAUGUGAAAUAUCUUUUUUUUUUAAAGGCCUGCAUUUCUCCACUCAUCCCCUCCGAUUCCACUGAGCUUAAACCGAAAUAAGUGGUCCCCGUUUUUGAGGCCUCCCCUUCCGAGCCCUGAACACAGUUGCUUAGGAGUCAACCGUUGAAACGACCAGGACUCCCUCCCAAGGAAGUCUGUUUUAGAACAGGGCGGCUGUCAGCUUUAUAAAUAACUUUUAUUCUUAUUUUAAUACUAUUUCACAAUGGCAUUGGAACGGGGUUGUUUGCCUCUCACACUUUUUGCUGAUGGAAAGCUGUUGUUACAUGUACAGUGCAAUGGAUUUCUAUUUCCUGCUCAAUGAAAGACACGAUCUGACCAAAAGCAACCCGGUUCGAUGUAUGUUGCUAGUAAAUAAGUCCCACUAAGUUCAACGCGGCUGACUCCCAAGUAAGUCAUGCAGCUGAGUAGUACUGGACUCGCUUCUAUUGGAAACAAACGUGGGCUUAACAGUGCUUAAUUUUGGCCGGAUCGCGCCUGCGAGGUUUUUUGGGAGGGGGUGUGCGGGUGCACACACAGUGUGCAACCUAAGCUUUACACUAUGGUGUAUUCAUAAGCUCUUUUUCAUUAUUGUUGUUCUAAGAGCUAGGGACCCCUCCCGCAAGCUAGCGCUAAGAGGGGGGAAACCAUGAUCCCCCACCAGUGGCCUGGCGUUCCCGGGGUUGAAGCCGACUGUGCCUAUGUGUUUAGUUUGUAUAAAGGUGUGUAUAAAUCGAUGUGUAUUUUUAUAUAAACAUUGGGGCGCCAUGUUAAUUCGUCUGUUUUGUCUCCUCCACGAUCAUCGGUGCUUUCAUUAACCCUUUAUGGGAACGGGGAAAGUUCUGCUCAAAGGAGGAGAAAUUGUCGAGGACUUUUGUCACUGAAUGAAACGAGUGUGACUGAA